GCAUCUCCAGCGCCAGAUGCCCACCUCGCCUUGCCGCAAAUAAUUCCGGGACACGAAUUUCUUCGGUUCCUCCUCGCGCUCCUCCCCUUCCCCGAGUCCCCCCCAACAAAAGCUCGGCCACUGCGCUAUCUCGCCCACCAGGCCACCAGCGGCGCCAUGGCCACCGCCUCCUCCCUCUUCCUGGCCUCGUCCCCCAUCUCCACCGCGCCACGAACCCGCACCGGCCCCGCCGCGUCCUGCCCUCCCUCCGCCCGGCCGUCCCUGCGCCUCCGGCAGAGGCCGUCCCCGGCCGUCGCGGCCGCCGUCCAGGCCGAGCACCAGCCCGCCGUGGCCGCCGCGCCGAAGCCGCCCGCGCUCCCGUUCCGCGUCGGACACGGGUUUGACCUCCACCGCCUCGAACCGAACCUCCCGCUCAUCAUCGGCGGCAUCAACAUCCCCCACGACCGUGGCUGCGAGGCCCACUCCGACGGGGACGUGCUGCUGCACUGCGUCGUGGACGCGAUUCUCGGCGCGCUGGGGCUGCCAGACAUCGGGCAGAUCUUCCCAGACUCCGACCCACGGUGGAAGGGUGCUGAUUCUUCCGUGUUCAUGAGGGAAGCUGUGAAAUUGAUGCAUGAAGCAGGCUAUGAGCUGGGCAACCUUGAUGCUACACUGAUCUUGCAAAAACCAAAACUCAGUCCAUUCAAGGAGACAAUCCGAUCCAACUUGUGUGACCUACUUGGGGCGGAUCCAUCUGUCGUCAAUCUCAAGGCCAAGACGCAUGAGAAAGUUGACAGUCUAGGGGAAAACAGGAGCAUAGCUGCCCAUACUGUAGUUCUCCUGAUGAGGAAGUAGAAAACUGGAAGUAGUGAAUUGUAUCCAAGUAGUGAAUUGUAUCCUAUUACAGGGAUUGAAUUGUAGUCUGUUACGUUAUACCUGUGUAACCUGGGAAUCUUCAUGUUUGAGAAACAAUAAAGCUGAAUGCAAUCAGAAGUUUUCUGCAUUUAGAUUA